UUUUUCAUUGUAUUUUUCCUCUUUCGCUAACAUUGCAUAAAAAUAUUUUCGAUCCGAAAUCUUCAUUUUCUGAGCUACCAAACACACCCUAACCAACCAACGCCCACCUCACGCAACAAGACAAAAUCCCUUGCAUGCUGGACGGCAAGGAGACCCAUGGAGUACGGGAAUACAUAUCACGCCUCAACACUUUCUUCCAAGUGGCAGAAUCUUAUCCUUUCAAUCUCUCAUCACAUCUAAACACUAUACCAAACCCAAUCACACGCCGUUCAAAAUCCAUCACGCUAACCACCGCACGCUUUUUUCAUACACAGUGAGAGGAAGGAGGCGAAUUUGUACGGACUCUUCCUUUUCUUCUCCUCCUCCUUUCUUCCAGUGAUGGCGCCAAGAAAGAAGGCUGAAGUGACCAAACCGAAGCCGUCGCCGACGCCCGCGACUCGGAGGUCGGCUCGGAUGACUAGGAGCGCAGCUAAGCGACUUAAUGCGAGGUUGACUGAGUUACCUACCGACGCGAGGAAGAAGAGAAAGCAAGGGAAAGCAGAAGAGAGUAAGAAGAAGGUGAAAAUUGAGACUGAGACUGUAACCGCGACUUCUACGGAGGCGCAGGCGGAGGUCAACUCGCUGGAGGAGGAAGAAGAAGACGACGAGGACGAGGAGGAUGCUAAGGAAGAGAGUACUUGUAUUGGUGAUGGAGUCAAUAAGACUACUGUGAUCGAACAUUGCAAACAGUGUGAUGCAUUCAAGACUAUAGCUAUGCAGGUGAAAGAUGGUUUGUUGAGUGCUUUUCCUGGUACCCUGUGUUGCUUAAUCCUGAGAAGAAGGGGAUGCUUUGAAAUACAAGAGGAGGGCGGGGAGACAUUCAUUAGUCUACUGGCAAACAAUCCGAUAACCACGGUUGCACCAGCAACAUGCAUACGUGAAGAAGCAGCUUUUGCAGGUGCAACAGCUGGUGCUUCCUCAGCCACUUCUGUAUCAGCCUCUGGGGAGUCUGCGGGUACAUCAGCCACUGGCCCAUCAGCAGCCACUGGCCCCUCGGCUGGUGCUUCAGUUGGUGUAGAUGGUCCCUCCUUGGAUGGUGCAGGAGCCUUGGAAGGAGACUUGGUGGGGGAUUUGGCUGGAGUCUUGGCAGUUGGAGGUGCAGCUGGUGGAGUUUUAGUGCUUGGAGCUGGAGCAGGUGCCUUCUUGGGAACGGCAGCAGUACCAGGUGGUGGUGGUGGAGCCAUGUUCUCAAUCCCUGGAGUCUCAAUAGGUUCGCUGACUUGUAGCACCGAGAUGUUGUAAGGCUGCGAGUAGAUGGAUUUCACAAGUGAUGCAACGAGAGGAGCACCUUUCAUUGCUGAACCGAAUUUGAUUCCCUCAGCAGUUCUGCUGA